AGCUUAAUGUGUUUUUGUUUUUUUUUUCAGUUAUUGAAGCAGCUAACGGAUUGCAAGCUUGGAAGAUAUUGGAGGAUUUAACCAAUCAUAUUGAUCUCAUUUUAACUGAAGUGGCAAUGCCUGGUUUAUCAGGCAUUGGUCUUCUGUACAAGAUUAUGGGCCACAAAACUCGGAAAAAUAUUCCAGUAGUUAUGAUGUCAUCUCUUGAUUCUAUGGGUUUAGUCUUUAAGUGUUUGUCAAAGGGUGCCGUUGACUUUCUAGUCAAACCCAUUCGAAAGAAUGAGCUCAAAAACCUGUGGCAGCACGUUUGGAGAAGAUGUCACAGUUCUAGCGGGAGUGGCAGUGAAAGUGGAACGCAAACACAGAAGUCUGUUAAAUCAAAGAGUCUUGAGAAGUCUGAGAAUAAUUCUGGGAGCAACGAUGAAGAUGAUAAUGGAAGUGUAGGCCUGAAUAAUGGGGAUGGAAGUGACAAUGGUAGUGGCACUCAGAGCUCAUGGACCAAACGUGCUGUAGAAGUUGAUAGUCCCAAACCUGUCUCUCAGUGGGAUCAAAUAGCUGAGUGCCCUGACAGUACUUGUGCUCAAGUUGUUCACUCCAAUGCUGAACUCGGUGGGAACAAGGAGGCUUCCCUAGGUGCAAAGGAGUGUUCAGAACAGAAGGAACAACUUGUCAAAACUGCAGGUUCUAAACAUAGCAAUGCACCUGAUGCCGGCCCCUCUAAAUCACUGGACCUUAAUUGUGAAAAUCAAUCAAUCAAGCUAAGGUGCAAAGGUUUAUCAUUGUCUGAAGCCAUUACUAGCAGUUCUGAUUAUCAGAUGCAUAGUGGAGAAUUUGAAGCCUUAAAUAAAAGGCUGAAGUCCUCAGAUAGUGAAAAUAAAGGUACUAAUAAUGAUGAAGAAUUGCCAUCUCUUGACCUUAGUUUAAAGAGGCCUAGAGGAGUUAAAGAUACUGGUAUUAUAAUUCAGGAUGAUAGGAAUGUCUUAAGACGUUCUGAUCAGUCUGCUUUCUCAAGGUACAAUGCAGCCUCUAACGCUAAGAAAUCUCCCACUGGAUGUGUUGGAAGCAAUUCUCCCUAUAAUAAUAGCUUAGAAGUUACAAAGAAAGAUUCAUCUCAUGAUAUUCAAUCUCAUUCAAGCGGCAAUCUUCCUAACCAAAAUUCAAAUGGUGCUAGCAAUAACAUUGAUAUGGGUUCCACUACUAAUAAUGCUUAUGCUAAAUCUGCAGUUAUAAGUGAGCUAGCAGUGGCUUCAACCAAAUGUUUGUACCCAACAUCCGCUUUCCAGCCUAUAAAAAACAACCUUGUCUGUAAAUCUCAACAAGUCAUCUUACAUAACACUGAAGAUAAAGCAGCAACAAUGCUGGCAUUACCUAAAGUAGACAGACAUAGAGAUUCUGCUGCUCCAGACUUCCAUCUCCAUUAUGAAAACAAUAACUGUACUGAUGACAUGCACCAGCUGCCACCUGAUCAUGAUGCUGAAUCUGCAAAGAAAUUGGCUACUGCUGCUACUCCACAUUGUGGUUCAUCAAAUGUGGUAGAAGUGCUAGUUGAAAGUAAUGUUGGAAACCUCAGUAUCAAUAGAAGUGUUUCAGGAAGCAACAAUGGAAGCAAUGGCCAAAAUGGGGGCAGCACAGCAGUUAAUGCUGGAGGAACAAACAUGGAAAGCAACAAUGGACUCCCUGGGAAUAGUGGCAGUGGAGAUGCUAGUGGAAGUAGAAGUGCCAACAGAGUAGAUCAAAACAAGACUUCUCAAAGGGAAGCAGCCUUAACUAAAUUUCGCCAAAAGAGAAAAGAAAGAAAGGAGAGGUGCUUUCAUAAAAAGGUAACAGUCCAUAGAGUACAUAAGUAAGUGAUUUAAUAUAUAUUGCUAUGAUGUAGAAACUGGAAAUUAUAUGUUUUAGACUAUAUAUACUUCUUUUUCCCAGUGGUUGACCUCUGUAAACAUAAUUCUCGAGAAAAUUUCAACAAAAGAAAUUGAAUAUAACAAUGGGAAAAUUCCUAAAACCCCUUUUUGCCUAACUAUUUCUCACCAUCCCACCCCUCAAAUAUAUCCAACCUUCUGGUGGUGAUACUAUAGUCUUUCCUAUAUCUAUUCUCUCCAUCAAGCUGUUCUUACCAUAAA